CCGCCGGCCAUUGUGUUGUGGCACGGGCUAGGCGACCGCUACAACUCCGACGGCAUGGCACAUGUGGCCGAACUCGUGGCACGGCUCUUGCCCGGCACGUAUGUACACUCCAUAUAUGUAGACGAAACGCCGGCUUUGGACGAGCGGCGGUCGCUUUUCGGGGACGCCAACAGGGCGGUGGAUCUCGUGUGUGCCCAGCUCUCCAACAUCACAGAGUUGAGCCUGGGCUUCGGGGCCAUUGGGUUUUCGCAGGGCGGGCUCUUUCUUCGGGCUCUUAUCCAAAGAUGCCCUUCAAUCGCGGUGUCCAAACUCGUGACGUUUGGCUCGCCCCACAUGGGCGUUCUGGAGCUUCCCGUGUGCCAGCCACCAGACGAUUGGGUGUGCCGGAAGCGCAACCAGUUGUUGAAAGCACAGGUUUGGCAGGACUCCGUGCAGAAAACAGUGGUGCCGGCCCAGUACUUCCGGGACCCCGGCCAAUACGAGCGGUAUUUGGAGCACUCCAAUUUCCUAGCGGCCGUGAACAACGAGCGGCCGUCCGAAGGCUCGCGGGCGGCCAAGCGGCGCUUCGAGCGCUUGCAGAAACUCGUCUUGAUCAAAUUUGCCCACGACUCCACCUUGGUGCCGAAAGAGAGCGCCUUUUUCCAGGAAAGACAUGGCCUCACCGGCCAAGAGGUGCCCAUGACCGGCACGCGGGUCUACCGGGACAACCUCUUUGGAUUGCGCACAUUGCACGAGGCGGGCCGGAUCGAGUUUCACACUGUGGACGACGAGCACAUGCAGUUUUCCGACGACUUCUUCCUGAAAAUCGUCUCUGACCACUUU